AUGCGUGUCGUAAGGCCUCAGCAGCCUCGAAAGCCCGAAAUCCGCCAAGUGGGCCUCGAAAUUCUCGUCCAACAAAAUAUUGCUCGUUUUUAUGUCACGGUGGACAAUGUUCUGUUCCCCAUGCAAAUAGGCCAGCCCGCGGGCCGCCCCACGGGCUAUCCUCAACCGCGCGGGCCAAGGAAGGGCAGAACCCGGGUCGACCCGUUCGUGCAGCCAAUAAUCGAGACUCCCGUUUUCCAUCCCUGUAAUGAGACGAGGUUUUUGUGCUGGGCCCGCGAGAGGGCCUCGACUUCGGCCUGGAACUCGCGGUCCAUCUGGCCACAGUCGCCCGAGAGCCUCUUGAUUGCGGCCCGCGACCCGUUUUUGAACUCGGCCCGAUAA